AUGGACAGCGAGGAGAUUGUGUAUAUGGACAUAGAUGAUGAAUAUGAGCUUCUAGACAUAGCUGCUCAAAUUGUUGAGUAUCGACGAGAUCUUGUUGAUACCCAGCAAACGACCCCGCUAGAAUUAAAACAUGAUCAAUCGACGUCGCUUUUGUCGACUAUAAGCCCUUCAGAUAACCAAUUACUAUCCUCACAGCUUCCACGAUCUACUCAGAAAUCUACGAUUCCAAAAAUUCCAUCUUUAACUCACCAAUUUAUCGUAGUGGUCGAUACUAAUUUCCUUAUAAGUCAUUUGGCGUUUGUUCGGACCUUGAUUACCUUGCAUGCCAAAAGAUACAACAUUCUCGUGGUCAUUCCAUGGGUUGUAUUACAGGAACUGGAUGGAUUGAAGAGCGCUCCCAGUAACCGACAGACGUAUGCUGCUCAAAAAUCAGAUGGAAAGCAAGUACCAGAUGUAAAGAGUCUGGCAAAGAGUGCUAUUACGUAUUUGCAUACUUGUCUUGAGAACAAAGAUGAAUCAUUAAGAGGACAGAUGCUCGAUGAAACAAUCAAUACAGUUGAUUUAAACGAUGAUAAAAUUCUUGACUGCUGCCGAUAUUUCCAGACUGUGUCAAAUUCAAAUAUCGUUUUGUUGUCGAACGACAAAAAUCUGUGUGUUAAAGCGAUGGUUCAUGGAAUUGGGACGGCCUCUUUUGAAAAAAAGGUUGGAUUGGAGAACAUAUUGACCAGAAUUAUUGGAAGUAAACCAGCAGCUACCACACACAUGCCUCCCGGCGGUCAUAUUCUGUCGACUACCAAUUCAACUGAGGCUACAAUCGAUACGCCAUUGCAUAAAUCUAACUUGGAUAUAACCGCUAAGCAUCAGAUAUUAUCACAUACGUACAACGAAGAUACAGUAAUGAUGGAUUGUGAUGAUGAAAAUGAUAACAACAUGUUGAAAAACAAUGAUUACUUGACAAUUCAGGGACCCAAUUCCUCUUCUCACAAUGUUAUUGUUGGCGAGCUACACAAGACACCGUCCAAUGAAAUUGCAGCUGCCGUUCCCGUAUACUUAUCGGGUUAUCCUAAUAAUCAGUCAUCGCCACCAGUAUGCAUUCAUCUCAAUUCGUCUGCAUCGGCCGCAGAUUCUAAUAUACAUGACACAAAAAAGCUUCAAUCUUCCUCGCUAUAUGACUCGAUGCAUUCACCAAGGAAUCGACGAAAGUCUUCAGCUUCAGUAAAUUUGGAUAUAGAUAUGUUAGACAAUCUAUCCAACAGCCGAACUAACGUCCAGUUCGUCACGAGCCAAUCUCCGUCCGGUCUUCAAUCCAACGGCCGAGCUAACGUUCAGUUUGUCACGAGCCAAUCUCCGUCCGGUCUUCAAUCCAACAGCCGAGCUAACGUCCAGUUUGUCACGAGCCAAUCUCCGUCCGGUCUUCUCUCACUUCACGAUUCCAUCCAUGCCAUACGCCCACAGUCUUCCCAGCGUUCACCUAAUGCAUACAUAGCUUCGAGCUCGUCUUACGGACAGCUAUCCCUUCUCGGACAAUCCAUCCUGAAUCAACCAUUUUUCACAGAACAUAUCGUGUCCGCUCCUCUAACGAGCGGUCAGCUAAGUUAUUUGGAAACCAUUCUUCCAACAAUCGCAGAUUUUCUUCGACCGGGGGUACAAUUCUAUUUAUUACAAUACCUUGGCUCAGAUUAUGUACAAACCAUCAAGGAGCGUCAACCAUGGACCGCUCAGGUUGCGUUGCGGAUUAUGGCAAGGUGUUAUUGUUCUGUAUUUUCUGAUGUAUUCAAGUUGAGUAGAGGGCUUACGUUUAUAGAACAGAUGCUGAAAGUAGCUAAUUCUGUGGCUAAGAAGCGAGUCAUCACUGUAGGCGAGCUAUGGACAUUUUUCAAUGCAACAGAAGUAGUGGUAACAGUGCUGAAUCAAGAGUUGGAUGGGAAGAACGGUAAUGCGCACAUAAAUAAGGCGGAGGUUAUUAGAGAAAUGGGGAGGAAGUUUCUAGAUACAGUUGAGGGGGUCGUGACAGAUCGAGCAAUUAAUUAUACGCCACCAAGGUGA